AUCAAGUGACACUUCCUGCACGCCAUUUUUCGGCACAUGGCAUGGAGAGUGAAGCCAAGCGCUUCCGAGCAAUGGCUUAUACCAGGGUUGUGACGAUUCGGACAAAACAAGGUGACACGCAAGCCUGGAAUAGGAUUGGAGAGUGCGCGCUUGGUGCAGAUGAAUCAGGAGGUUCUCAGGCUUCAUCUGUCUUCGUGACCCCAUCGCGAACUAUACCAAGGUCGUGGCUUGGCUUCGGCGGGAGCUUCACAGAGGCAGCUACAGAGACUCUUCGGAAGCUCAGCCCUGCAAAGAGAGAUGAGGUCUUGAAGGCGUGCUUUGACAAGGAGGCAGGACUAGCCUACAACCUCGGCAGGGUUUCCAUCGGUUCCUGUGACUUCGGUCUGGGCCACUGGACCUGUGGUGACUUAAAAGAGGAAGACCAUGAUUUGAACGGCUUCACUUUGGAGCACUAUGAGGCGUCAAUACUGCCCACACUGCAUGAUGCCAUCAAAGUGGCAGGGCCCCUCUCUAUUUUGGCGAGUCCAUGGAGCCCACCACCUUGGAUGAAGACAAAGACAGAGUUCAAUGGUGAUGGUCAUCUUCGUCCGGAUUGCUACAAGGUCUGGUCGCAUCACUUUGUUCGAUUUGUGCAGGAGAUGGAAAAGAAGGGUGUCCCAAUCUGGGCCGUCUCUGUUCAAAAUGAGCCAGAGGCAGCACAAAUCUGGGAAUCCUGCAUCUACACAGCAGAGGAGGAGCGAGAUUUUGUACGAGACCAUUUGGGGCCUGCCUUAGAGGCAGCGGAUUUGAGCAAAGUCAAGAUCAUCAUUUGGGAUCACAACCGAGAUGGUAUGCUGGAGCGCGCUGCUGUGGCAUACGCGGACGAGAGUGCUGCAAAGUUCAUUUGGGGGCUUGGCUAUCACUGGUAUGGAGACAGCCGCUUCGAAACAUGGCCUGAAAGCUACGAGAUUGAGUUUGAGGACCGCCAGCAUGAAGAGGAAGCCGUUCACGAAUUGCGAGCAAGGCUUGGGUUUGACAACGUGCGCCGCGUCGCGGAGCUUCGACCUGACAAGCACAUUCUCUUCACAGAAGGCUGCCAGGAGCUCUCUGGACGCAGCUUGGAGCAGAUGCUCGGUGUGUGGAAACUGGGCGAAAGGUAUGGCAUGAACAUCAUUUCUGACAUGAACAAUGGUGUUGAAGGAUGGAUUGAUUGGAACCUAUGCCUUGAUGAGAGAGGCGGCCCAAAUCACGUGGGCAAUUUUUGUUCUGCACCGAUCAUUUGCGACACUCGUAGUGAUGAGAUCUUGAGACAGCCGUCUUUCUGGUACUUGGGACAUUUCUCCCGCUACAUUAAGCCCGGAGCAUGUAGAGCGAUCAGCAGCACGAGCCGGGAUGUUUUGGAGGUGACUUCUUGGGUGAAUGUCGAUGGAAGCUUAGUGGUUGUGGUCAUGAACCAGAGCGAUGAUGAUAUUGACUUUUGGCUGAAGGUCCUUGGGUCAGGAGCUGCGCAUGUGGAGGCACCGGCACGGUCUAUCUCUACAUUUAUUGUUGCAUAGGAGUCCUUGGGUGACGCUUUAGCGAAGCUCAGCGUCCCGCGUUCCGAUAAUGGUCGGCUGAGAAGGUCCAUUUAUUGAUUCUGGUUUUGAGCUCCCGCACGAGAA